AUGACAGAGAAACAGUCCCCACAAGUUAAACGUGUAAAAACAAGCGGCAAGAAGAACCUUAUUAUAAAUGCCUUCUUAAUGAGUUCUCCAGGAUGCCAGACAAUUAAUUCCUGGAGAAACGAGGCGGAUAAAACUGCACUUUCCGCAGAAAGUCCAGAAUAUUGGAUUGAACUAGGUAAGGUUUUAGAGGAUGGUGGUUUCACCGCAGCUUUUUUUGCCGAUGUUCUCGGUCCAUAUGAUGUUUAUAAUGGCCCAGGAAAUUUCAAACCAGUAGCAAAGGCUGGUGCUCAAUGGCCGUUGCCUGAUCCAAGCUACUAUAUUCCGAUCUUAGCUAGUGUCACCAAAAGAUUGGCUUUUGGUAUUACUAUUUCUACCAUCUCUGAACAUCCUUACCAUUUAGCAAGAAGAUUAGGUACACUUGAUUUGAUCAGUGGUGGGCGUGUUGGCUGGAACGUUGUAACUUCGUAUCUAGAUAGCGCGUCAAGGAACUUGCUAAAUGGAAACACCCUUCCUGAUAAAGUCGAAAGAUAUGAAAAAGCGGAAGAAUAUGUUGAUGUAGUUUAUAAACUUUUCUUGAGUUCUUGGCAAGACGCGGCAAUCAAAGCUGACAAGAAAAGAGGUGUGUUCACUGAUCCAAACGGGUUGCGGACAAUUGAUCACGAAGGUAAGCAUUAUAAAGUGCCAGGACCAGGGCUUACUCAGCCAAGUAAGCAAAAAAUGCCGGUAAUUAUACAGGCAGGCUUAUCUCCCAAGGGGAGAGAGUUAGCGGCAAGAAAUGCCGAAGUGGUCUUCUUGAACUACCCUACAAAAGAAUCUUUAAAAGAAGGUAUUGAUUCGAUUAGGAACUUGGCAAAAGAAAAAUUCGGCAGAGAUCCAUCAAAGAUUAAAAUUAUAACAAUGAUUACCGUAAUUAUCGGUGAUUCUGAUGCAGAAGUCAAACAAAAGAUAGAUCAAAUUAGGGCUCUGGGAGAUGAAGAAGCCGCACUUGCAAUGUUCUCUGGCUGGAGCGGCGUUGAUAUAGGAAAAUUUGCAGAUGACGAACCUCUCGACAAAUUGGAUAAUGGGGCACUUGUGUCUAUUAUUCAAGCAUGGAAAGCUGCGUAUUCAGAUAAUGAGGUUUGGACAAAACGGCAAAUAAUUGAACGUGUCACUCUGGCUGGAUCAGGACAUAUUUUUACCGGUACAGCUGCCUCAAUUGCUGAUCAAAUUCAAGAAUGGGUAGAGUACUCUGGUCUUGAUGGAAUUAACUUCGCCUAUACAAGUUCUCCAGGAGCAUUCAAAGAUAUUGCAGAAAAGCUAAUUCCCGAGUUGAGGAUUCGUGGUCUAGUUCCAUCGAAAGAAGAAUUAGCUAAUGCUAAUGAAACUGGAUUAUCUUUUAGAGAACAACUAUUCGGGACAAAUGAGCUUGAUGAUACUCACCCAGCAAGUGCUCUUCGUUGGAAGAGCAACGAAACCAAGGAAGAAUUCGAAGCCAGAUUCCCUAAAGCUUUGGAGAAAUUACACGCUACAUUGUAA